AUUUGAAACCGAAUAUAAUAUAUAUACCAUUACAUUUUCCGAUAACCCUACACCUACACUCUACAGCCUGUAUUUCGCAAGUGUUGGAAUAAAGUAUUUUUUAUGCAAGAUGACGAAGAAUUUACGAGCAGCAAAGAACUUCACAAAUAGACUAGUGGAUGAGAAUUCGCCACCGAUGUCAUUCGAUGAUGCUAUGGACGACUUGGAAUCUGGCGACGCUGAAAUGUCUCUCACUAGGCCCGUGAAAGCUUCAGCCUUGCGUAAGAAUGGUCACGUGAUGUUGCACGGGAACCCAUGCAAAAUCGUCGACAUGGCAACAUCGAGGCCUGGGAAGCACGGCCACGCCAAGAUCCACAUUACCGGCCUUGACCUUGUAACUGGGAAGAAGUACGAGGACAUCUCACCCAGCACACAUACAAUGGAAGUUCCUAUUUCUAACCGCAAGGAAUACCUGGUUGUCGACAUGGGACGCGAGGGCGUUCUUGCUCUGAUGGAUGAUGCUGGCUUUGUUCGCCAUGACAUACAAGCUACCGACGAUGACAUGAAGAAGAACAUUGCCGACAAACUGGCUAAACAAGAUGACCAAGACGUCUUGGUCACUGUGUUAAAGGUGUUGGACAAAGAGCUUGUCAUGGCCGUGAAAACUGGUGUCAAGUAGACGAUUGACCAGAAGAUCGUCACGUGACGGGGCUCUCCGAGAUGGCGGAUAAUGAAUUACUCAACUUUCACACAGCGAACAUAAUUUCAACAAUAAUUGAACUUUGUAUACUACAACAUGUCAUUUGUUCAUACUGUCUUGAAAUUUUGAAGAAUCUGCAUUGUGUAGCUGACCAAUACGUAUAAUUUUAAAAGUAGACCUAUAUGGAGCUCAAAGUCAGAAUAAGUAAAGGUCAACGAAAGCCGGAAACCAGUAUUCCUGGUCCCGAGCUCCUGUUACAGUAUUCCAAGGCUGUCAGAUUUUGGAAUAAAGUAGGAACAGUUAACUAUGUUUAUUCAUAUCAACAUGACUUGUAGAACUUUAGGAAGAGCAGAACGCAUUCCACAAAUUGGAAUCGUAAGAGUUGCAACUGCAGUAAAAACUUUUAAAAUGUUGAUAAUUGUCACUUGGUAAAAUGUAUUUGACAUUCUAGCCAUGAACAAUUGACUUGUUGGUGUUUGAUCGCUGUUAAUUACAAAAUUCACCGUUCAGGGUUGGUAAAUUAUAACGUGUUGAAACACGUCCAUAUACCCAUAGGAGGCAGGCCCCGAUACGCCAACAACCAUCUAGUAAAAAGAACGUGUUUGAUUCUCAGAUUUCCAGCUUAUGUUGGGCUUACGUUUGGAUCCGAUUUUUUUUACCGGGGGAAAGUGUUGCAGGCAAAACGAAACAUUUCACGUGACCCCCGACAUGCGCUUCGAUGAUCCAGAGAAUCGUGUCCGUAAGAGGCAUUUAUAUUGCGAAGGAUAAUUUAGGACUUGAAAGAUGUGAGACGGAAAGAAAGUUAUAGUCUGCGGUUUCAGUAGUUUUGUAUUAAUAUUUGAAAUUUCCCUGACUCGUUUGAUUUAUUUUCGAAAAAAAAUACUAGUACACUUGAAAUACAACUCUUGGCUGUGUAUUUAUACAAUCAAGUGAAUCUGUAUGUAAGACGAAAAUGAGUUUGAGUUUUGUCUCUCGCUUUUAAAGAAACAAGUUAAGAAUAAUACAACUAUGUAUGUUGCUACCCAAUGCAAAUGUUGAUAUAAAACACCUAGAAAUAAAUAAUGUGUUUAUGGAAACUUUAAAAUAGUAACAGUUCGUCACAUACGCGCAGACAGUACUUUGCGAUGCCCGGCUCUGACCGUGUUUGCUGUGCUCUGUCCUUGCCUUUUAAUUUUUAUGACAGCGAAGCGCUAAGGUGACGUUUGUUAGUAUAAUGUAAUGAGCACAGUACGGUGUGUAUUGCUGUAGUUUGUGGAAGGUUCAGCUAGAUGGUAACGUGGCGUACCUGUUGUGAGAGUUUGAAUUAUAAAUUCUUGUUUUCUUUUUAAGUGUUCUAUUAUUACUAAUUAUUGUAUUCAUUUAAAUGUUGAGCCCUUAGUCACUGUUAGACUAUUAAAUAAAAGUGAUAUAAAAUAA